CAUCCAAGCACCAAGAUAAGCUGGCUAUUUUCUGUCUCUGUACUACAAAAACAGAUAACGUGUACAGUUGAAACACCAGUACUGUACAUGCCACCUGCAGUAAGUUGUUGUUACUACAACCUACAACUGAGAGAUACGAUGUGUGAUGAAGAUGAAACCACGGCUCUUGUAUGUGAUAAUGGCUCUGGGCUUUGCAAAGCUGGCUUUGCAGGGGAUGAUGCACCAAGGGCUGUUUUUCCAUCGAUCGUUGGACGUCCUCGACACCAGGGUGUUAUGGUAGGAAUGGGUCAAAAAGACAGUUACGUUGGGGAUGAAGCCCAGAGUAAAAGAGGGAUCCUGACACUGAAAUACCCCAUUGAGCAUGGGAUCAUCACUAACUGGGAUGACAUGGAAAAGAUUUGGCAUCAUUCUUUCUAUAAUGAACUUCGUGUUGCCCCAGAAGAGCAUCCUGUGCUGCUGACUGAGGCCCCCUUAAAUCCUAAGGCUAACCGGGAAAAAAUGACUCAGAUCAUGUUUGAGACAUUCAAUGUACCUGCUAUGUAUGUAGCAAUUCAGGCAGUUCUUUCUCUAUAUGCAUCUGGUCGAACCACUGGAAUUGUUCUGGACUCUGGGGAUGGUGUCACACACAAUGUACCCAUCUAUGAAGGUUAUGCUUUGCCCCACGCCAUCAUGAGGCUGGACCUGGCAGGCAGAGACCUCACUGAUUAUCUCAUGAAAAUUCUCACAGAAAGAGGCUAUUCUUUCGUCACCACUGCGGAGCGUGAAAUUGUGCGGGACAUAAAGGAGAAGCUUUGCUAUGUGGCUUUGGAUUUUGAGAAUGAAAUGGCAACAGCCGCUUCCUCCUCUUCUCUUGAGAAGAGUUAUGAGCUUCCUGAUGGGCAAGUCAUCACCAUUGGGAAUGAAAGAUUCCGAUGCCCAGAAACUCUCUUCCAACCUUCAUUCAUAGGAAUGGAAUCUGCAGGUGUUCAUGAAACCACUUAUAACAGCAUUAUGAAAUGUGAUAUUGACAUACGUAAGGAUCUCUAUGCUAAUAAUGUGCUCUCUGGGGGAACAACAAUGUACCCUGGUAUUGGUGAUCGCAUGCAGAAAGAGAUCACAGCUUUGGCUCCAAGUACUAUGAAGAUUAAGAUGAUCGCACCACCAGAACGUAAAUACUCCGUCUGGAUUGGGGGCUCAAUCUUGGCUUCUCUGUCUACCUUCCAGCAAAUGUGGAUCAGCAAAGAUGAAUACGAGGAAGCUGGUCCUUCCAUUGUCCAUCGCAAAUGCUUUUGAGUACACUCAUGAUGUGCCAUCAAUGAUAAGUAACGGUGGUUCUCUACACCACAUCCCCCCUUGUGGGAAGUACAUGCUUUAGGCUUCCUUCUAUUGCUUAUUAAAACACAAUAAAUGGUUAUCAUGCCAAUUAGUAUAUUGUUUGUCUUGUUUCUGAACGAGGAAAAGACACUGUAAUUUAACAUGCAAUUGACAGAUGCCUUCCAAGAGUAAUUAUAGCAAUAAAACAAUAAAUUCUGUAGAACUUUUCCUUCAUGAAUCUCAGAGCGUUUUAGAAACAUUCAUGAGUUAAACCUCACAAAGUUGCUGUGGUGUUGAUCAGUAUUAUUACCCUCUUUUACUGAUGGAGAAUCUGAAGCGCACAAAAAUUAAAUGGUUUCUCCAAACUUAUAUAGGUAGAAAUUCUCCCCUUGUGCAGAGACCCUGCACAAAGUCUAUGCACCCUGUAAGCGUUGUUUUGAGUAUUAUGUGAUGCAUAGCUUUUUUGCUGUCCCUCUGUAUAGGGAUGAAUUUCACCACAGUGAGAAAGUGGCAGACACAGCAAAUUUGGAUGGAUCUAAAGUGCAAAGUCCUUUGUGCAGAAGUUGCAUAUAAUCUUUUCCUUUGCUUCCCAUGAUUGUUUGGCAGGAACCCAUGCUACUGGUCAUGAGUGUCAACAAACUGUAGUGGUUUUGUGCUGUAAUUACAUGUACCAGAUUAAUUUACCUGUCACACAUUGUUCUGCUUACAUGUCUCUUUUUUUAGCAGUUAAUUGAUUUUAAUUAACUUGC